AUGUCUGACGAUAUGAGUAUGCUCUACACAAUUGCCGGCUAUAUUGCCAUCUUUGGCGUCGGCUAUGUGGCCUACCACUACUCCUCGCAGAAGCACCAGGCAAAGGCUGCUCCUGUGAGACCGGCCAAAACCCAGCAGGCUGAGCCUCGCAAGGAGGAUAGGAAGAAGAAGCAGCGCAUGGAAACCUUUGCUUCGGAGGCGCAGGAAGCCUCUAAGAAGGCAUCCAAGGCCAAGGAAGAGGCUAAAGCACCCGACACAAGCGCCUGGCUGAGCAAUUCCAACGACAAGGAUGAAGUCGAUAACCGCGAAUUCGCCAGACAACUCGCCAAGGCCAAGGAAGGCACCAAGUUUGCGGCCAAGGCGGACUCUGGCAAGCAGCGAGAGAAGUCUGUCAAGCAGUCCCGCGCCAACAAGAUGGCUGGUGCGACCGAGGACAAGGAGUCGGCGCCUUCUUCUACCACCGGUGCCGACGCCGAUGACGACCAGUCUCCCGUCACCUCGCCCGAGGUUGGCCCCGCCGUUGCUGUUGCCGGCGACGUCUCCGACAUGCUCGAGGCCGCCCCGGCCCGCCCCAGCAUUCUGCGUCUGACCGAUACCGAGGAGAAGAAGAAGAACAAGAAGGCCCCCAAGGCCGCUGCCCCUGUUGAGACCAAGAAGCAGCGUCAGAACCGCAAGAAGGCCGAGGCCGCCAAGGCUGCUCGUGAGGAGGCUGAGAAGGAGCGCAAGGUCCUCGAGGAGAAGCAGCGCCGUACUGCUCGCGUUGCUGAGGGCCGUGCUGCUAAGGAUGGUUCUCAGUUCAUGGCUGCUCAAGCUGCCAAGUCUGUCUGGAAGGAGGGUGCCCCCAAGGCUCCCGAAGCUCCCAAGACGAACGGUUUCCACCAGCCUCUCGACACCUAUGAGCAAGCCCCUGCCAACGCCGUCAACGCCCCCAAGCCUGCUGGUGGCAACUGGACCGAGUCCCUCCCCUCGGAGGAGGAGCAGAUUGAGAUGCUUAAGGACAAUGACGACGAGUGGAGCACCGUCAAGACCAAGUCGAAGAAGGCUUCCAAGAAGGCGCCUUCGGUUGAAUCCAGCGACGAGCCCUCUGCUCGUCCCGCCGCUCAGCCCCAGCAGCCCAUUGGCAACAAGGCUUCCAAGCCCACCCAGUCCUUUGGAUCGUUCUCGGCUCUGACCAACAAGAACGACGUUGCCGAUGAGGAGGAAGAGGAGGAGGAGUGGGACGUUUGA